AUGUACAUCCACUGGUCCCAUCACUACCUCCCCAAACUUUUUGGAAUUCUCUCAUUCGUUUUCAAUCCACUUUUCAUGUGGCUGAUAUUGAGUGAAAAGAAGACUUCAAUCGGGAAAUAUCGAUAUCUUUUGAUUGGUUUUGCAAUUUUUGACAUGGUUUAUUCUUCCGUAGAAUUGAUUGUUCCCGUUUCAAUUCAUGGAACUGGAGCAGCUUUUGUUAUUUAUUUGGCUGAUGGUCCGUUUUUUGGGACAGGACACCUCGGACAGCUAGCCGUUUCCAUCAGAUGUGGAUGUAUUUCGUUGUCCUAUGGAAUCUUGGUCAUUCAUUUCAUCUACCGAUAUUUUGUGCUGUUCAACACUCACAUCAUCGAUUUGUUGCUUCGACCAUCUGGACUUUUCGGAUUAUUUGUAUUUUUCAUUAUUCAUGGAGUCGCUUGGAGUACUGUUUGUGAGAUGUUUCUUUAUGGAGACAAAGAAGUUUACGACUAUAUUUAUGAGGCAUUUAAGAAAGAUUACAAUGUGGAUUCUCAUGAUUUGUCUAUGCUGAUGGCAUUGUUCUUUGAUGCGAGUCCCGAAAUAAAAAGAAGAAGUUGGAUGGGAAUUCUAAUCCUAACUGGAAUAUCCACUUAUGCAGUCUCUUUAUACAUUAUUCUCGGAUGGCAGAUUAUGAAAAAACUGGCAGAUAACCCAGGUGUAUCAAAAACAACUCAAAAGCUACACAGACAACUUUUCAAAGCGUUGGCUGUUCAGACUUUCAUUCCGAUUUGCAUAAGUUUUUCGCCUUGUAUGGUGGCUUGGUAUGGACCAGUUAUCGGAUUGGAUCUUGGAAUGUGGAAUAAUUAUUUGGGAGUUAUCGCACUUUCAGCGUUUCCAGUGUUGGACCCGUUGGCGAUUAUCCUCUUGUUGCCAAACUAUCGUAACAAACUCUUGGGUGUUGUCAAGAAACCGAUCAAUUAUUUCAAUUCGGUAACCUCCACAGUUAGACCGAACAUGGAUAGUUCGGCGGCUACUCAAGUGUACUAA